AUGACUCAUCUAUCUUUUCUUUACCAAUUGCUCAUUAUCAAUUUGGUUGUUUUGUCUACACCACUUGGAUACUCGCAAGGAAUCGCACUGGCUCCCAAAACUCCACGACCAUCCCAAGAGGAGGAAGCCCCUGCAGAUGAAACUGCUGUAGUUUCAGCACCAGUACCUCAUAUAUUUACAAUCUCUGAAAGUUCUUACCGUUCAUGUUACUUCAAAUAUGUACAUCAAUCGUUUGAAUGUCCAUUUGAUGAGUGUUUUUCUGUGUGUAAUAAAUAA